UUGGCCUUUUUACUUUUGCUAUAGCUACGCCCCGUUCUGUCUGUUUCUCUCUCUCUCGAGUCUCAACGCUAUUUAUUAACAGCGAGCGAGAGAGAUUGAGACAGAUUUGGAAAAAAAGUAGAGUGAGGAGUGACAUAAGAGCAGCGAUUGAGGGAAGAAAAAUUAGAGAUUUGAGUUUAUUGGGGAAGAAAAAGGAAAAGUGAAGUGAUGAGAGAGCAGAAUGGCGUAAUAUAGACCGUGGGGAAUCUUUGAAUCACACAAAUUGGUUUGGUUGCUUCGUACGGUCUAUUUCACGCUUAUCUGCUUUCUCCAUUCAUUCUUUCUCUCUAUACACUAGCUUAGAAUUGAAAUUAGUCUUAACUUGAAUAUUCUUUUUUUUUUUUAUUUAAUCUGGUUUUGAAUUUCGAUUCUUUACUUUUUCUUUUCUUUUUUUAGUAUUUUGGUGCUGUAUUUUCAAUAAUUUCUUUGCUGCAUAAAUACUGCAUUAAAGGGAAAAAAAAGUUGGGUUGAUUCCGUUUUACUAUUGUUGUAUUAUUGUUAUUCAACUAAAUUGAAGUCAUUGUAAGAAAUGGAUGAGGAGUGUAGGGUUUCAACUAAUAUCGAUGCUCCAACUUCCGAUGUUAGACCCUCCUACUGGCUGGAUGCUUGUGAGGACAUCUCCUGUAAUGAUCUCAUCAACGAUUUUGAUGCAGUUAAUCCAGAACCACAUAAUCAGGAUAGCUGCAUUGAUUCUGGUUUCUUUGGUGGAAUAGAUCAGAUACUUGACAAUAUCAAAAAUGGUGCUGAUUUGCCGGAGGUAUCCGCUCACUGUAGUUUGGAUGAAGUUGAUGAUCUUCAAUUGUCUUCCGAGCAAGUGUACCUCCAGCAUCAACACUCAGUUUAUAGGUCUGAAAUUACUAAUUAUAAUGGCAAGAAACUGCCUUGUCAUAGCAAUGAAUUCAAGUGCAAUGGAAAUGAAAAUGUCAAGAGACCUCGGGAAUUUCAUGAAUCCGAGGAAAGAUUUGGCAGAAGGGCUCGCAACAGUGACAAAAAGAGUGAGAGAAGUUGGGAUAGGGAUCUUGGCAGGAAGAGACCUCGCAGCUGGGAUGAUGUGGAGGUGGAUGGACGGGACAGGGAUCAAGUAAGGAGAAGAGAGCGCUUUACUACUGUUAGCAGGAAGGACCGGGAUUGCCGGGAAGGAAGGGGUUACUGGGAGAGGGACAAGGAAACUAAUGAUUUGGUCUUCCGACAUGGUUCUUGGGAAGCUUGUCGAAACAGAGAUGAGAAAAUGCAUACUGAGAAAAGCCACAAACAUGGUGGAGGCUCAGAAGAGAGGAAACCCGAAGAGCUGAAAGAGAAAAUUCCUGAGGAACAAGCUCGCCAGUACCAGUUGGAUGUCCUUGAACAGGCAAAAAUGAGAAACACUAUUGCUUUUCUGGAAACCGGCGCUGGGAAAACGCUUAUAGCGGUCCUCCUUAUAAAAAGUGUGUAUGUUAAACUGCAAAAGCAGAAUAAGAAAAUGCUGGCUGUCUUUUUGGUUCCUAAAGUUCCACUUGUUUAUCAGCAAGCAGAAGUAAUCCGUGAACAAACGGGUUAUCAAGUCGGUCAUUAUUGUGGGGAAAUGGGUCAAGAUUUCUGGGAUGCCCGAAGGUGGCAGCGCGAGUUUGAAUCAAAACAGGUUUUAGUGAUGACGGCUCAAAUUCUUUUAAACAUACUUAGACACAGUAUAGUAAGAAUGGAUGCCAUCAAUCUCCUUGUAUUGGAUGAGUGUCACCAUGCUGUGAAGAAACAUCCAUAUUCUUUGGUCAUGUCUGAGUUCUAUCACACAACACCAAGGGAGAAAAGACCUUCAGUUUUUGGCAUGACUGCAUCUCCUGUUAACUUGAAGGGCGUUUCUAGCCAAGUGGAUUGUGCUGUAAAAAUUCGUAAUUUGGAAAGUAAACUAGAUUCCAUAGUUUGUACUAUAAAGGAUCGUAAGGAGUUGGAGAAACAUGUACCGAUGCCCUUAGAAAUAGUAGUGGAGUAUGACAAAGCUGCUAGUUUAUGGUCCCUCCAUCAACAAAUAAAACAAUUGGAGCAGGCCGUUGAAGAGGCAGCUCGGUCAAGCUCCAGAAAAAGUAAAUGGCAAUUUAUGGGAGCAAGAGAUGCUGGUGCUAAGGAAGAGAUGCGCCAAGUUUAUGGUGUGUCUGAACGUACAGAAAGUGAUGGUGCUGCAAAUUUAAUUCAAAAACUGAGAGCUAUCAACUAUGCACUCGGUGAACUGGGACAAUGGUGUGCUUAUAAGGUUGCACAAGCAUUUUUAACUGCGUUGCAAAAUGAUGAAAGGGCUAACUACCAACUUGAUGUCAAGUUUCAAGAAUCGUACCUACAUAAAGUUGUCUCACUCUUGCAAUGCCAUUUAUCUGAGGGAGCCAUUUCAGAAGAAACUACAAGUGUUGCCAACAUUGGUAGUGGUGCUGGAAAUGGGACUGAGGAGCUAGAGGAAGGGGAGCUUACUAACAGUCAUGUUGUCUCUGGUGGGGAGCAUGUUGAUGCGAUUAUUGGAGCUGCUGUUGCUGAUGGAAAAGUGACACCAAAGGUGCAGUCGUUGAUUAAAAUACUUCUGAGAUAUGAGCAUAUGGAGGAUUUUCGUGCAAUAAUCUUUGUUGAACGUGUUGUGGCUGCCUUAGUUCUUCCAAAGGUUUUUGCGGAACUUCCUUCCCUGAGUUUUGUUAAGUCUGCAAGUUUGAUUGGGCAUAAUAACAGUCAAGAAAUGCGAGCAUACCAGAUGCAAGAUACUAUUGCCAGAUUCCGUGAUGGCCGUGUGACUGUGCUAGUUGCCACAUUGCCGUCAAUUAUGCGUAGGGUAGAGAGCAUGUUGCUUGCUGUACAACUUAAGGAUAUAAUUAAUUAUCCUGUUCCGGCUUCCAAGAUUUUGGAAGCAUUGACUGCAGCUUCUUGCCAAGAGACUUUCUGCUAUGAAAGAGCAGAACUUUUAGGAGAUGCUUAUUUAAAAUGGGUCGUUAGUCGAUUUCUUUUUCUGAAAUAUCCACAGAAACAUGAAGGCCAGCUUACUCGGAUGAGACAACAAAUGGUAAGCAACAUGGUACUCUAUCAAUAUGCAUUGAACAAGGGGCUUCAGUCAUACAUCCAGGCAGAUCGAUUUGCUCCAUCUAGAUGGGCUGCUCCUGGGGUGCUACCUGUCUUUGAUGAGGACACCAAGGAAGCAGGAUCCUCAUUAUUUGAGCAGGAUAUUGGUCCCCAGGAAGGUGGAGGGGGGAAGGCCCACAAUGGUGAUGGGUAUGAAGAAGAUGAAAUGGAAGACGGUGAACUUGAGAGUGACUCAAGUUCAUAUCGUGUACUCUCGAGCAAAACGCUGGCAGAUGUUGUGGAAGCUCUAAUUGGUGUGUAUUAUGUUGAAGGUGGAAAGAAUGCUGCAAACCACCUUAUGAAAUGGAUUGGGAUUGAUAUAGAUUUCAAUUUGAAAGAGAUAGAGCAUGCAAUUAAGCCCAGUAAUGUCCCUGAAAAUAUACUUAGGACUGUUGACUUUGAUGCAUUACAAGGUGCCUUGAACAUCAAAUUCAAUGAUCGUGGCUUGUUGGUGGAAGCUAUAACUCAUGCAUCACGUCCUUCUUCUGGAGUGUCUUGUUAUCAACGCCUGGAAUUUGUUGGUGAUGCAGUCUUAGACCAUCUUAUCACAAGGUACUUGUUCUUCACGUACACAGAACUGCCUCCGGGGCGAUUGACUGACUUGCGAGCUGCUGCUGUGAAUAAUGAGAACUUUGCACGUGUGGCUGUUAAACAUAACCUUCAUGUACAUCUUCGGCAUGGAUCAACUGCCCUUGAAAAACAGAUUCGGGAUUUUGUCAAAGAGGUUCAAAACGAACUUCUAAAACCAGGAUUCAACUCUUUUGGUCUGGGGGAUUGCAAAGCUCCCAAAGUUCUUGGUGAUAUUGUUGAAUCAAUUGCUGGGGCCAUCUUCCUUGACAGUGGAUGCAACACUGCAGUUGUAUGGAAGGUUUUCCAGCCAUUGCUGAAUCCAAUGGUCACCCCAGAGACACUCCCUAUGCACCCUGUUCGAGAAUUGCAAGAACGAUGUCAGCAACAAGCUGAAGGUCUAGAGUACAAGGCCACACGAAGUGGGAAUAUGGCAACUGUGGAAGUAUAUGUUGAUGGUGUCCAGGUUGGGAUUGCCCAGAAUCCCCAGAAGAAAAUGGCACAAAAAUUGGCUGCUAGGAAUGCUCUUGUUGCUUUGAAAGAGAAGGAGACAGCCGAAGCCAUGGAGAAAGGUGAAGAAGAUGAUGAGAAAAAGAAGAAGAACGGCAGCCAAACUUUUACCAGGCAGACCUUGAAUGAUAUUUGCUUGCGAAGAAAUUGGCCAAUGCCGCUAUAUAGAUGCGUACAAGAAGGUGGUCCUGCACAUGCAAAAAGAUUCACAUUUGCAGUGCGUGUUAAUACUUCUGAUAGAGGAUGGACUGAUGAAUGUAUUGGAGAGCCUAUGCCAAGCGUCAAGAAAGCCAAGGAUUCUGCUGCAGUUCUCCUCCUUGAACUUCUGAAUAAAUGGUAUACACGAUAACUUUUCAAGAACUGAGGGAGGCUCGGAAAUCAUGCAUAAAAUAAAGAGUGCCAGGGGUGCCUAUUGAUCUGCUAGGUGAUAUUUCACCAAGAACAUACCUUUAUUUUUGUUCUUCUCAAUGAGGGAAAAGACACCCCCCUUGUCUUUCCUAUUGGGAAAGCUGCUAUUUGUUAUAGUUCAUUGGUGGUUGGUCUUUGGCCCAGGCCUUUGAUGGAUGAGUGGAUAGAUUUGCUUCUUGUUGCAAGGUUCUACUUAGAUAUGGUGGGAAAAAAAACAAAAGAAAAUGGGAUCAAUGUUUUUUCCAUCUCAUUUUCGCUCUAAUUGGAUAUAGUGAUAUUUGAACUCAUUAAAAUUCCAAAAAAAAUUGAAAAAGGUAACAUGACUGGCAACAAACAAGAAGAGAAGCUAUGGAUUAUCAGGGUUUUUUUUGAGACUUGCGUUGCUUAGAUUAUCAAUCUUUGUGAUUGUUGCUAAGAGCUUAGAUUAUUUUUCUUUGUUUUUGUUGCUGAGAAACAAAGAUGAGGUGUUUCUUUUUUGUUCAGCUUCAAAUGUUUUUGAGGGUAAGAUCAUGUAGAGUGCAUAUCAUAUCUCAACUUGUGAUCAAGCUUUUGUUAUACGGCCUCUUGCCUAGCUGCAGUUUUCUUGAAUAUCUUGUUUGGAGACAGUUCCAGAUUGUCAGUUAAGCGUAGGUUGCUGUGUUUUUAUGGAAAUAAUUUGUAUCUUCAAUGAAAGCUGUAUGAUUCUAUAUUUUUUUCGAACUCUAAUAAAGGCUCAGGGCUAUACAACAUA